AUGGGAUAUGAUGUGAGCUAUGAUGUGGGCUAUGAUAUAGGCUAUGAUGUGGGCUAUGAUGUGAGCUAUGAUGUGGGCUAUGAUAUGGGCUAUGAUGUGGGCUAUGAUGUGGGCUAUGAUAUGGGCUAUGAUGUGGGAUAUGAUGUGAGCUAUGAUGUGGGCUAUGAUAUGGGCUAUGAUGUGGGCUAUGAUGUGGGAUAUGAUGUGAGCUAUGAUGUGGGCUAUGAUAUAGGCUAUGAUGUGGUCUAUAAUGUGGGCUAUAAUGUGAGCUAUGAUGUGAGCUAUGAUGUGGGCUAUGAUGUGAGUUAUGAUGUGGGCUAUGAUGUGGGAUAUGAUGUGGGCCAUGAUAUAGGCUAUGAUGUGGGCUAUGAUAUAGGCUAUGAUGUGGGAUAUGAUAUAAGCUAUGAUAUAGGCUAUGAUAUGGGCUAUGAUGUGGGCUAUGAUAUAGGCUAUGAUGUGGGAUAUGAUAUAGGCUAUGAUAUAGGCAAUGAUGUGGGCUAUGUUGUGGGCUAUGAUGUGGGCUACGAUGGGACCCCAUUAUUUUUCUAUUCAGGUCAUAUGGUUUAA